AUGUACUCGUUGUCCCAGAAGAACAGGUUUGUUGCGGUUGAGUUUGACAAUGUGCGAGAUUGGCAGUUUCAUGAUCCGGAUGACAACCAUGUGGGGUUGGAUAUAAACUCGAUUGUCUCUGUAAAGACCACCCCCAGUGCAAUGCUGCGCGGCAUCAAUCUUAAGAGCACAUUCCCAAUCACUGCUUGGAUUGAUUAUCAAAGCCGCAAGAAGAAAUUAGAGUUUCAUGACCCGGAUGACAACCAUGUGGGGUUGGAUAUAGACUCAAUUGUCUCUGUAAAGACCACCCCCAGUGCAAUGCUGGGUCGCAUCAAUCUCAAGAGGACAUUCCCAAUCACUACUUGGAUUGAUUAUCAUAACCGCAAGAAGAAACUGGAGGAGUUAACGUUCGUUGGCUUCUCGGCUUCAACUGAGGAAAGCACCGAGGUGCAUAUAAUCAAGAAUUGGAGUUUCCGGGAGAGGGCUAAGAGACAGCGGCUCUAUGAUCAUAGAUUCAUUGGGCAUUUGUGCCGCAGUAAUAAGUAUCAUAUCCAGAAUGAAGCCCCUUCCUCUUGGCCUCCAAUCUGUAAACUGUCAUGCCAUAUGACAAAACUUAAUGGUGAUGAAACACCCGUCACGCCAAACCAAUAG